AUGCAGAUCGGACGACAAGCAUGCCUGGCCCGCACGCUUGAGACACUCUCGGUGGACAUCUGUUGCCUUUCCGAAACCAGGUUGCAAGACGCCACCACCAUCAUCACAACGAACUCUCCGGCAAACUCUGAUGUCAAAUACCACUUGCGCCUUCCCGGAGACCCAGAGGACGCCGCUGCUGGCCAAGCUGGUGUUGGGGUUGCACUGAGUGACAGAGCAGAGGCCGCUUUGCUUAACUGGAUCCCAGUCAAGAUUCGGCUAUGUGCAGUCAGACUAUGA